UCACCUGCGCGCCAGACAUCGUCAGCGCGCAGACCAUCACCUGCGCGCCAGACAUCAGCGCGCAGAACGUCACCUGCGCACAAGACACUGUCGGCGACCACACCACCAGCUGGGCGCCAAACUACAUCUCCUGCGCGCAGGCCAUCACCAGCUCGUCAUCUCUCCAGGAGCUCUGGGUCUGUGACCGAAGAGCCUCAACAAGACACUACCCUUGUGGACCCGUCACCCGAACUGUUUGAGUCAACAUGGUUAACGGACGAGACUUUUCUUGGGUUUGAAGACAGCCGUGCAGACGUAUCCAGCCAUACCCUUAAAAAGUCUCCAGAAUUGAGGACAAGUGAAGCUCCUGGAGCAGCGGCACCACCGGAUGGAGAAGAGGUGCCACGGACCAGCAGCGGACUUGCGUCGGGGAUUGGUUCCUUCUUAAGGCCGGAUCUCCUACAGGAUUCGUCGGACGACGAGGUGGAAGUGCAGCAGCCCGCUGUUUCUACAUCCCUGUCUGCACAAAUGCAAUUGGUGGCAGACGUACAGGAAGGGCAGGAUCCCUCAAAUGUUCAGAGGGUACACACCCUGGCAGCAGAGAUGACUGCCCGCCAGGAUACCUACACGAAUGUCGUUGAAACCAGACUGGACGCCAUUGAGAAGAUAAUGGAGAAGAUGGCAAACGGUCUGGUUGAAAUGCAAAAGGCUCAUGCCGACAGCACGACAGAAAUGCAAAAGACCAGACGAGAAGAUCACAGGGAGACUAUGGACAUCCUUCACGUUCUGGCCACAUCCAUCAACCGGCUGGUGGAGAACACAUUAUGCCUGGCACACAGCGUUGACAACAUGUCGGAGAGCCAACGACUUUCGGCAUCCAGCAACCAGAUCAUCGCAACCACACUGCAGAUGAUGUACGAUAAGCUCCCAGAGCCAGCUCAUCAACACGCUGGUGAACCACCGCAUCCGCCAUCACAAGCCACACGGACGCCUCCUUCCCUUCCUCCACCACCAUCCUGGUAUGGACGGUCACAGCUGUACCAAGGAUAUACAGGGAUGUACCACACCCACCAGAUGCCUCAACCACCAACACCGGCCGCAUCAUCUACACCUGCACGGCCACUGAGGCCAAGUCAACGCACUCCACAGCCGCCCAGGGCAUCGACGCCCCAUCAGGAGGAAGAAGAGGAUCCGGACGGACAACCACCAUAAGCCCGGUCGUAUUGUUUUAUUAUUUACUCUUAUGUUUCAUGUUUCCCUUUCUCCCCCUCCCAUUAGUUUUUUUUUUUCUUAAUGUUUUAUGUUUGUGUUGGGCUCCCCCACUCUCGACCGGAUACUACCAAGGAGCUUUAUGUCUAGGCAUACAUGCGUGGGCAUGUAUGCGGGCGCGUGUGGUAACUGAUGAAAGCUCCUUGUGGCUACAUGUAUGAUGGGCCAAAGAGCUAUUCUGAUACCACUUUUUUUUUUAAAAACAAACUCCUUUUUGUAUUGGUGUAAAAUAGGCUUUCACUGUUGUGUGAAUUUACUAUUCACUAGUGUUUAUUUUUGGCUUCUUCAUAGGAUUGGGUGGAAAAUUGAAGUGGACGGCGUAGUUCGUGUUGUGCGUACCAAGAUCUCUACACAAGAAAAUAAUGUAAAGAAGAACACACU